UGGUGGCCUCCAGCCUCUGAAUUAUCUCAGUGUACCAUGUACCGCAUGUGGCAGGUCAGACCUGGUGCACAGGCGCGCAUCAACGCACGAAGAGCGGAGAAUGGGGAUCUGUUGAAGCUAGACGAAGAAUUGGGAUGGUCCCAGUCUGGGUCGCGGAGGAGUCUCUUAAGGAACAUUUAGAUACUGACACCAAGGGAAUCCGAGUGCCCACCCCCACGCCAUGUGGGCCCCCAGGAACCCGGCUCCGCCACCCCAGCUGCCCCGUGGCCCUGGCCUCAGCCCUGGCCGGGAGGAGAUUCUGCGGACUUACAGGGAUUGGUUUCGCCACUGAGCCUGCAGGCCUCUGCCAGCCACCACCCUCACCCCCCUAGGCGUCCUCGGCAGGUCCCAAUCCCGGCUCCAACGGUGCUUUCUCCCCAGCGGCAGCUAUGCUGCACACCGAGGGCCACGCUCUUCUUCGGGCCGUGGGUCAGGGUAAGCUACGCUUGGCCCGUUUGCUUCUGGAGGGGGGCGCCUACGUGAAUGAGGGUGAUGCUCAAGGGGAGACUGCGCUAAUGGCGGCCUGUCGGGCCCGGUACGACGACCCCCAGAACAAGGCACGCAUGGUACGCUACCUUCUGGAGCAAGGCGCGGACCCCAACAUCGCAGAUCGCCUAGGGCGCACGGCGCUCAUGCACGCUUGCGCAGGCGGCGGGGGCGCCGCGGUGGCCUCCCUGCUCCUUGCCCAUGGCGCGGACCCCUCAGUCCGAGAUCACGCCGGCGCCUCGGCACUUGUCCACGCCCUGGACCGCGGGGAUCGCGAGACCCUUGCCACGCUGCUGGACGCCUGCAAGGCCAAGGGCACGGAGGUCAUCAUCAUUACCACUGACACCUCGCCCUCCGGCACCAAGAAGACACGCCAGUAUCUCAAUUCCCCACCGUCCCCGGGGGUGGAGGACCCCGCUCCCACUCCUUCUAGCCCGGGGGUCUGCACAUCGCCUUCGGAAAUCCAACUGCAGACUGCAGGAGUGGGAGGACGAGGAUUGUUAUCCCCUCGCGCCCAGGAAGAAGAGGAAAAGAGGGACGUAUUUGAAUUCCCUCUUCCUAAGCCCCCCGAUGACCCCUCCCCUUCCGAGCCACUCCCAAAACCACCCCGCCAUCCUCCAAAACCCCUCAAAAGGCUCAACUCCGAGCCCUGGGGCCUAGUGGCCCCUCCUCAACCGCUCCCGCCUGCAGAAGGGAGGCCGGGGGUCGAGCGCCUGACCGCCGAAUUCAACGGCCUGACCCUGACAGGUCGACCGCGUCUUUCCCGACGUCACAGCACCGAAGGCCCAGAGGACCCGCCCCCGUGGGCGGAGAAAGUGACGGGUGGGGGUCCUCUCUCUCGCAGAAACACAGCGCCGGAAGCUCAGGAGUCUGGCCCCUCUUCAGGGCUGAGGCAGAAACUGAGCCGCAUGGAGUCGGUGGAGCUCGAUACUCCCGGAAAUCUUUGCCCCGACUCGCCCGAGUGCAGCCGCCCGUCCCUGGAGCGCCGCAGAUACAGCGCCUCCCCGCUGACCCUCCCUCCAGCCGGCUCGGUUUCCUCCCCGCGCCAGUCCCAGGAGAGUCUUCCUGGGGCUGUAUCUCCGCUGAGCGGGCGGAGGCGGAGUCCCGGGUUGCUGGAGCGGAGGGGCUCGGGGACGUUGCUUCUGGACCACAUCGCGCAAACGCGGCCAGGUUUCCUGCCCCCGCUCAAUGUCAGCCCCCAUCCUCCCAUCCCCGACAUUCGCCCCCAACCCGGAGGUCGGGCGCCUUCGCUGCCCGCUCCUCCCCAGGCGGGGGCGCCAGGCUCUCCCAGGACCAAGCGCAAGUUGGUGAGACGCCACUCCAUGCAGACUGAGCAGAUCCGCCUGCUAGGGGGAUUCCAGAGUCUAGGCGGGCCAGGGGAGCCUGGGCGCUGAGAGGAGUGAGAGGAGCCAAGGCGGGUGGGGAUCAGGACCUUGGGACGGGUGGAAAAACCAGUUCACACACACACACUAUGGAUAUAGAGGUCUCUUGCAUGUGCUCAUGGGCACGAGGCACACAUACAUGGGUAAACAUGUGUCCACAAGCACAGUACUCGUAUUUGCAGGGAAGGGUAAGUACUCUAUUUAUUGGGCAUAUAGACUCAUGCAUUCAUGCCCUCGUCACUUCACAGUGCAUAUGGGAAUUUCUCGUGCCCAUGGGCACAGCACACACAGGACCACUUGUGCUAGGGCCCCCAAAGGGUCCCAAACUCAACUUGCAUUUGUUCAGAAGCAUUAGGGAGCCCCUACUUAUGGGUAAUCUCCAAUCUCUUUGCCCUCCUGCAAUAGUAAUCCCUUGCUUUCCAUGUAUGCCCUGCAACACAGCCUGCUCAUGAUUUUGGACAUGCUACCGUCUUCGUGAAUAUCCCACCCCAUUCUGCAGGUCUUGCUUUUCAAUCCAGGCCUGGCUCCUUGUUCACACCCUGCUUCUAGCCCUAAACACUCUUCAGGAUAGCUUCUUUACUCCCCUUGGGAAUAUCCUGCAGCAAUCCCCAGCCUCAGUUCUGCUGCUGCCCUUCCUGCUCUCAGCUUUACUUCUCAGCUUCCAGCUUUUUCUUCCCACCCCAUACCCCUAACCAAUACACCAGGUUGUUUCAUUUUCCCAGGAGGUGGGUCAUGGGCUCUAAGCUGCUCUUCUGUCCAUCUGAGCUUAUGAACACCCCCACAGGUUGACAUGGGGAGUAACCUUAAAUCAUUCCU